UUUUUUUUUUAUUCUAAGAACCUUAAAAUAAGUAUACUUUUGUAUUUACACCAAACAUAAUACAAGAUGUAAUACAAAUGAAAGGUAUAAUAUUAUAUAAAAUAGUUAAAACAAGUUAGUACUAAUAAUAGUACAUGUAAAACAGUAUACUAAGAAUAAUAAUAUUUUUAAUGCAAUUAGAAAAUAAAUAAAUAAUUGCAUUAUGACUAUAAUAGAUUAUAUUCAAACUUUAUCUGAUAAUCCGUAUUUUGGAGCUGGUUUUGGACUUUUUGGGUUAGGUGCUGGUGCAGCUUUAUUACGAAAAGGAAUGCAAGUAGGAAUGAUAAUGUUCAGGCGACAUUAUAUGAUCACUUUAGAAGUUCCAUGUCGUGAUAAAAGUUAUCAAUGGCUCUUACAAUGGAUUACACAUAAAGGUGCAAAGGAAACGCAACAUCUUUCAGUUGAAACAAGUUUUGAACAAAAAGAAACAGGUCACAUAAAAACUAGAUAUGAUUUCGUACCAAGUAUUGGAACACAUUUUAUUAGAUAUAAAGGGAAUUGGAUAAGAGUAGAACGAACUAGGGAACAACAAACACUGGAUAUACAAAUGGGUAUACCAUGGGAAACAGUACAACUUACAGCAUUAGGAAGGAAUAAAAAUAUUUAUUUUAAUAUUUUAGAAGAAGCGAGACAAAUGGCAUUAAAAGAAUAUGAAGGUAAAACAAUAAUGUAUAUUGCAAUGGGAAGUGAAUGGAGACAAUUUGGACAUCCUAGAAGACGAAGACCACUAAAUUCAGUUGUUUUAGAUACUGGUAUUGCAGAAAGAAUAAUAAACGAUUGUCGUGAAUUUAUACAAAAUCCUUCAUGGUAUAGCGAUCGUGGAAUUCCGUAUCGACGUGGAUAUUUAUUAUAUGGUCCUCCUGGUUGCGGUAAAUCAUCAUUCAUUACUGCUUUAGCUGGUGAAUUAGAAAUGGGCAUUUGUGUUUUAAAUCUAUCAGAACGAGGUUUAACAGAUGAUAGAUUAAAUCAUCUAUUAGCAGUAGCUCCACAACAAACUAUUAUUCUUUUAGAAGAUAUUGACGCCGCUUUUACUAGUCGAGAAGAAAGUAAAGAAAUUAAAGCUGCAUAUGAUGGUUUAAAUAGAGUUACAUUCAGUGGUUUAUUAAAUUGUUUAGAUGGCGUUGCUUCUACAGAAGCAAGAAUUCUUUUCAUGACAACCAAUUACUUAGAAAGAUUAGAUCCUGCAUUAGUUAGACCUGGUAGAAUAGAUGUAAAAGAAUAUAUAGGUUGGUGUAGUGCAAAUCAAGUGGAACAAAUGUUUUUGAGAUUUUAUCGCAAUAUUGACGAUAGAGCAAAUGUACUUGCUAAACAAUUUACAGAAAAUGUAUUAUCGCAAAAGAAAUAUGUUAGUCCAGCGCAAAUUCAAGGAUAUUUUAUGUUUUAUAAAAAUAAUCCUGAUGAUGUAUUAAAAAAUGUUUCACAUAUAUGGGAACUUACAUAAUAAAUUAUAUUUAAUAAUGAAACAUAAUUAUACUUGAAGAAUUUACAUUGAAUCAUAAAAAAUCUAUAAGGAUAAAAAAAUACAUAUAUAGAUUAAAUAUUGUAAACUUUUACAUGUAUAAAAAUAAUAUAAUCUA